AUAACUAGAUGAGAUUAGAAAUGUACUGCGCCUAAACUGCAGUAUAUUAAGUUAACUGGUGAAGUGAGUUGAUUUUCCUAAAUAUCGUAUAAUAUAGAAUUUUUUAUAGAAUAAAUUUAUUAGACAAGUUUUUGAUAAAACAAUAAUUUUGCUUAAUCAGAAAAUAUAUACAGCGUUAACAAUUAAAUUGUGAUGUUAAUAACGUUAUUAUAGGAAUGGAAGCGAAGGAAUACACUUGGAACGAGAAAGAGUUAGAAGAAUUUCGGAUGGCUGUUCUAAAAGAAAAAGAUCUGAAAAGCAGAACUGAUGACAUAUUUCUCCUGAGUUUUCUACGAGCAAGAAAAUACGACAGAGAACGAGCAUUGAAACUACUCAAGAAUUAUUAUGCAAUAAGGAAAAAUUAUUCAGAUGUAUUCAAAGACCUAAGGCCUUCAGCAUUGGAAACAUUUUUACAAAUGGGAAUUAUGUGUUCCAAACGAAUAGAAACCGGUCAAGUGUUGGGACUCGGUAGAGUCAGCCAUUGGGAUGCAACUAAAGUGAAACCAAUAGAUGUAGUUAGAUGCGUAUUACUUCUUAUGGACAUGGAACUAAAUGACCAUCCAAUACAAGUAAAUGGUGUUUAUAUAUUGAUAGACGCCAAAGCAGUAUCGUGGAGACAUGCUAUCCAAUUUAGUCCAAGAAUACUUUACUUGAUAAUAGCAUGUUUUUAUCAAUGUGCCCCCGCUCUUCAUAAAGGGAUUCACAUCGUUAAUGUUAACAAGUACCUUCGUGCCAUUGUUUCAAUGGCGUAUCCAUUUUUUCCUUAUAAAUUAAAGCAAAGGCUUCAUUUCCACGGAUCCAAUAUGGAAAACCUCCACAAAGAGAUCGAUCCAAAAUACCUUCCUGCAGAAUUUGAUGGCGAAUUGCCUCCUUUUGAUGAGUCUGAAACUAAUCAGAAGUUGAGAGACUUGGAAGAAUUUUUUGUAGAAAACGAAAAAUAUUGGACUGAAGAAAAUAAUAUUUAAACAUUGAAAUGAUAAAAUUUUAUAUUUGAAGUAAUACAAUUGUACACCAUGAUUUUUCUUUAACAGUAGAGUGGUGCCAGUCACCUAUUUAACUCUUUUUAAAAAGAAAAUUAUUUUUGAAUUGAAAUGAUGUGACUGUCGAUGUGUUGCAGACUUUUCCGUAUAGUUAGUCUGGACCUUUUAUAUAUUUUCUCGCCUUUCGUUUGUCUAACAAAUUUCAGGAGAUUGAAGAAAGAGAGACCGACAGACAACCCAACAACAGUAGAAAUUUAUAGGUCUACUAUUUUUUAAAAUUUCUUCCCAAUAAUAAUAGUUUAAUAUUAACUGUUCUAAUAACUUAAGAUGCAUAUAGCUUAGCCUAUAUAAAUAGAGUGAAUUCUUUGUAUACCAACAUUUAUCGGAUGUGUAAUUUCGAAUUUCAACAGAUUUUCGAAUUAUUUUAUUUUGUAUGUAUUUACUGUACGUACUGUGCAAUAAAAAUGCACUUCUUUCACAGCUACGUUUAUCGUAUUAAUCACCAUUGAAUUCAGCGUAAUCCUUAUUGAAAAUUAAUAGGGCAAUUUAUUUUCUUACUUGCCUUAACUUUCCUAUCAAUCAGGUGUCUUCGUCGUUUUCAGACAUUAGCAAAUAUGACUGUCACUGUGUUUUUUUUUGUGUACACUAAUCUUCGUAAUUGGUAAAGUUUCUUUAAACAUGUUUAGGUAAGUGUUAUUAAACUGUUUUAACUGUAGGUAAGCAACCAUUUGUAAAAUAACGAACGAAAGACGGCGGUAUCUCGGUAGUCGAACAACUCGGUAUACGAACACAUCCUGGAAAAGUACGAAAGUUUAGACUAUUAAUAAUGUAUUUUUAUUUCUUUAUGUAUAUAAAUUGUUUAUGAUAAAAAUAAAAUGUAUGAAAAUAACACCUCUAAUCAAGUUCAACAAUAAAGUUGAGAAGAAAACGAUACUUUGUAAA